AAUAAAGUAACUAAGCCAAAUGCAUACCCUCUACCUUGUAUUGCUGAUAUGAUUGAUGCUUUGGCUCAUAGUCAAUACUUUUCAACUCUUGAUCUCACUUCUGAAUUCUGGCAAAUAGAAAUGGAACCU